AUGCACGGGCCAGCGAAUGGACAAUUCUACGCCAUUUAUUAUCCCUUCCUCGCUAUUAUUGGUGUUCCAGCCAACUUGAUGGCGAUCAAUAUCCUAUCCCGUGAACGGUGCGGACUGUCCCGGUGCAUCACUUACUACCUGGUGGCAAUAGCAGUUGCUGAUUUCUUUGUCAUCGUUAUGGCUGUCAUCCUCAACCGGAUCGCUGGUAUCUAUUUUCGAAACAGUAUCUGGUCCGUAACGCCUUCUUGUGCACUCAGCACUGUGCUGGUGUACGCCACUCGCGAUGGCUCGGUCUGGCUGACAGUGGCUUUCACCGCUGACCGUUUUGUGGCCAUCUGCUGUCAGCGGCUGAAGACCACGUACUGCACAGAGAAAACUGCGUCGCUAGUCAUAGGAAUUGUCUGUGCCCUGAGCUGCAUGAAGAAUAUCCCUUUCUACUUCAUCUACCAACCACUGUACUUCUUGGAUGGGGUGCCCUGGUUCUGUGACAUUAAGAUCAGCUACUACAAUUGGCCAAUCUGGCAGACCUAUGACUGGCUGGAUCGCAUCUUAACCCCCUUUGUUCCAUUCCUCCUUAUCCUGUUACUCAAUGCCCUGACCGUAAGAUAUAUUCUGUUGGCUAGCAGAGCCCGCAAAAGACUCAGGGCUGCUGAGAAUCGACAAGAUCCAGGAAUGGCUAAUCGCAAGAAGUCCAUUGUCCUGCUGUUUACCAUUUCUCUCAGCUUCCUUUUACUGUGGGUGACCUAUGUUGCACAUUUUCUUUACGUGCAGAUUGCAGGUGAGGCCUACUUCACUGGUCUGGAUUUCAAUGAUCCACAGUACAUCUUUCAAGAGAUGACCAAUAUGCUUCAACUGCUCAGCUCCUGCACUAACAUCUUCAUUUAUGCAGUAACACAGUCCAAGUUUCGACAUGAGCUGAAGAAUACACUUAUGUAUCCUUUCACCACCCUCGCUGUUCGCUUUAAACCAGUGAAAGAGCAAUAA